GCCGAUGAAGUGUCGGAAACUUGACGUCGAAAUUUUCUUUGUAUUUUUGAGUACAGAUCCUUCUAGAAGCAGCUAAAGUUGAGGAAACAAUGGCACUCCACGAAAGGCGUUCUCCUGCUGUUUUGCAUAAACGUCCCACGCUUUAUUUCAAAUUUGAAAACGCUUUGUCCCCCUUUCUCCUACUCGACGGGCUAUUGGGAUGCUUUAUUGAAACCGGCGAAAAUAGAAUAAAGCAUUAAGGAAAAGGAAUCUUUUGAAGUGAAUUCCUCAUCACAACACUGGAGCGUUCCUGGCCAUGACCUGCAAAGGGAAGAAGAACAUUACCAUAACAGUCCCUGACAGUGACAACAAAAAAUUUAAAAGUUGGUGCCACAUACGUUUUGAUGAAUUCCCUCCAAUACUUCGCAAAAAGUCCUCUUGAAAUUAGAAAGAAAAUACAUUGGUUGAAACACUGUCGGUGGCCCCUUAUCAAAAAUCAGAGAUAUUUUCAACUCAACCUUGUGUUUGCUAACAAACCUUUGGAAAGAGGCGGAGGGCUGUUGUUAGGCAGAGGGAUGUUGUUAGGCAGAGGGCUGUUGUUAGGCGGAGGGAUGUUGUUAGGCGGAGGGCUGUUGUUAGGCAGAGGGCUGUUGUUAGGCGUAGGGCUGUUGUUAGGCGGAGGGAUGUUGUUAGGCGGAGGGAUGUUGUUAGGUAGAGGGAUGUUGUUAGGCAGAGGGAUGUUGUUAGGUGGAGGGCUGUUGUUAGGCAGAGGGAUGUUGUUAGGCGUAGGGCUGUUGUUAGACGGAGGGCUGUUGUUAGGCGGAGGGCUGUUGUUAGGCGGAGGGCUGUUGUUAGGUGGAGGGCUGUUGUUAGGCGGAGGGCUGUUGUUAGACGGAGGGCUGUUGUUUGGUGGAAGAGCCGCUACAGAAACUGUAGCAUUCUAAAAAAAAGGAGAACAUCAUCUGCCAUCUUUCAGUACGUUUUGCUGAGCAGGUUAACCCACAUCUGCACUUAAGCAUUAUAAGUUUAAAAUAAUAAUUACUCCGCCUGCGUAUGCGCAGCGGAGUCUUAAAAUGCCAUGGUCUUUUUUCCUUUUUGUCGUUUUGGGCGACAGAAGUUGGCAUUUCUACAGGUAACCCAAAACAUUUUGACCGAGAAGCCCUGGGUUACACGGUCCACGGAUGAAUUAGGUACAUCAGUUGGCAUGCAGGCGGAGUGAACGCCUUAAGCAGGCGUCUUGUUAUAAUAAAAAUAAGAAUAUUUAUAUGAUUACAGGUUGCCCGAAGUUUAAAUCUUUGUCAUCCUCAUCUCUUUCAUGCAUGUAAAAAUUCAAUUCAUCUUCAUCAGUGUCAUCCUAAAUCAAACAUUAAAGUCAGUGUCAUCCUAAAUCAAACAUUAAAGUCAAGGAUACAAUCUGAACCCUGUUUACCACAAUUGGUGCUUCCAUAAGGAAUUCAAACGCUUGCUUUUGUGAUAAUGACAAUUCUUCCAUGAUUAUAUAUUCCAGAGCUUCUGGGAGAAUGACAUUUUGAACAAAGGAAAUGUUUUUAUCAAACAACUUUGAACAAAAAAAGGAACACAGUUGCUUCAUAAUAUACUCGAGUUGUAUGCUGUUGAAAACACCAAACCGGACUUGAUAUGGAGUAUCCUUACGCGUCGCCACAUUUCGAAACAUGUUUUGUCGGGCAGUAGCCGUUUUACCACUGUUAACAUCCUCAAGAUGUUGUUUCAUCCCACAAAGUUUGUUUUUUAAGCUUCUCUUAUUUAGUCUCCGCACUUUCUCCGCUGCUUCUGCAUACGUCCAUCCAAACAUUGUCCACUCGGAAGAAUCGUGGCCAGAAGAAAGCUCAGAUGAAUGUUGUGCCAUGGUCAACUGAAUAAAAAAAACCGUGAUCUAUUAAUAUAAAUUUAAAUAAACUUAAUAUAAACUUAUUUACACAGCGAUUGAGAUAUCUGUUUCUCUUGAAAUUUCUAGCAGCAGCAGAUUCGAAAUUUCGAAUUAUUCUGGCCACUCGAACAGGAAUACAGUGCUUCCACGACGAAAAUAAAAAAUUCUUAACUUGGCUGUGCAAAAUUUCCUGAUUUUCCUAAGUUUCCAAUCCAGAUUUUCGUCUGGACAGUGAGAUCCAAUAUGGCCGCCAACUAUGAAAUCCAGGAUUUCGCUGCUAAUACAGAAGAAAAAAAGAAAAAGAAAACGAGAAUUUCCAAAUUAAAAUUCAUUCAAACAACCAGUGGGAUGAAAAGAAAAUUAUCACGUAAAGAGGAGAGGAGAGAUCUCCGCAACCAAAAGAAGGCCAAAAAGCAUUCCUUCUUUUCGACGAAAAGUGGAAAAAAGGAUAUUAAAAAAAGCGAACUGGAGGAAGUUUUACCUGAAAAAGUGAAACGGAAGAAAAAAAAGAAGAAAAGAAAAAGAACUAAUCAGGGGGAAACAGAGGAUGAUUUUCAAACAGAACCACAAAAUAUGGACAUUUACGAAGAUAAUGAUGACAAUGAAAUUGAGGAGUUGGAACUUAAAUUAAAUUUGAAGAAAAAAUCAAAAAUACCAAAUGCAUUUUUUGAAGAUGGUUUGGGAGACAUUCUUGACAUGUGCAGUGCAAUUGAAGCUGGGACACUUAAAUCACAGAUGGAAAAUUAUGCAGAUGAUGAAGAUGUUGAUAAUGCUGCAAUACACCAUGGGUUUACUGAACAGUUGGAUGAUUUACAAGAGGAUACAAUUGACUCUCGAGAUGUGAUCUCUGCAAACGAUGAUGAAUCGGCAGACAUUGAUGUUGAAAGUGAGGAUGAAUAUGAAGAAGAAAGUGAGGAUAAAUAUGAGGAAGAAACUUAUGGUAAAUCCAGUGAAGCGAACAGAGAAGAUGAGAAAGAUAAAAAUGAAGAAAGAAACUCUGAGGAAGAGAAAUGGAAACAGGAUGAGAGUUCAUCAGAAGAAGAUCAAAUACCACAACAAUUAACAAGGUCUCAAGACAUAUAUGGUGGUGCUACUGCUAAAUACGUUCCACCUCAUCAGAGACACAAUCAGAGCGACCACAUACAAACAAAUGAACGGUUAAAAAAACAAGUGAAAGGACUUUUGAACCGUUUGAGCGAAUCAAAUAUUUCCACAGUUAGUGGUCAACUGGAAGAGCUGUACAUGUCAAACAGUAGAAAUGAACUGAAUAUGAUAAUCUCUGAUCUUCUUAUGGAAGCAUGUGUUUCGCCGUCAUUGAUGCCAGAAGGAUUAUUACGUGAACAUAUCAUGUUAAUAGCUGUUCUCAAUUCUCUAAUUGGCUCUGAAGUUGGGUCAUUUCUUCUUCAAAAACUGGCUGUGCAGUUUAAAAAGUUCCAUUCAGCUUCAGAGGAUGGAAAUAACGACGGGAAAGAAAUCAAUAACAUCGUUACUCUUUUAGCAUUUCUCUAUAGUUUUAAGGUGAUUGAUUGUGCAUUGAUUUACGACAUAUUCCGAGAAUUGGUGGCAAAGUUUCAUGAAAAAGAUAUUGAACUAUUGUUGUUACUAAUUAAACAUGUUGGGGUGGAAAUAAGACGAGAGAGUCCAGAAUCAUUGAAGGAAAUAAUUCUUGUAAUACAAGCCAAAGCUGUGAGUGAUCCAAAAAUGACAACCAAUUCAAGAACAAAAUUCAUGUUGGAAACAAUCGUUGCUUUACGGAACAACAAUAUCCGAAAAAUUCCCAACUACGACCCCGCACCAGUAGAAAGAGCUAGAAAAAUAUUAAAAAGCAUAGCAGGGGUAAACGAGGAUACAAAACUUAGUAUUUCACUGUCAGAUCUGCUUUCUGCUGGUGAGAAAGGACGAUGGUGGGUAGUUGGCUCUGCGUGGAGUGAGAGGGAGAAAGAAGCGUUGAAAGAUGAUUCAGUGAUGUCAUACAACAGCAAAGUCAUUGAACUAUCUCGUAAACAAAGAAUGAAUACGGAUGUCCGGAGAAAUAUAUUUUGUACCGUCAUGACGAGCGAGGAUUAUGUCGAUGCUUUUGAAAAAUUAAUGCGAUUGAAACUGAAAGAUAAACAGUCGAGGGAGAUUAUUCAUGUUUUGCUGGAUUGCAGUUUACAGGAAAAGUCUUACAAUCCAUUCUAUUCCUACCUUAUACAAAAGUUUUGUGAAUUCAGUCGCAGUUUUCAGGUAACUGUACAGUAUUCGUUGUGGGACCGCUUCAAAAUGGUUGCAACGUUAACUGAUGAAAAUUUCUUAAACAUGGCUCAUCUUAUGGUUCAUCUUUUUAUUACAAAAUCUCUGUCGUUGUCAGUUUUAAAGGUUGUCGACUUUACGUCUUUGGACACGAAACUUGUUCAGUUCUUUACAGAGAUGCUAACACAUAUCUUACUGGACUAUCCUGAGACUACGAUAAGAGAAGUAUUUUCAAGAAUUGCCCCAAUUGUGAAAUUGGAUACAUUGAAAGAAAGUUUAAAGUUAUUUAUGAAACAUUUUAUGAAACCGAAGAAACUCUCUUCAUCAAAUGUGAUGAAAAAAAGUGGUAAGAUGGAUAAAACUGCAAAGUUACAGGAACGUAUUAACAUUGCGGUCGAAGCUUUGUCAGGUGGUAGCUGAUUACUGUAUUUAAUGUUAAUAAAUAUCAAUUCAUUGGUUAUAUAUAUCGUUAUUUAUUGCAAAAGAGCUUUUAGACUGUCCACUUACAGAAAGUAAAAAUAUUUAGUGACAUGCAUUAAAUAAAGUAGCUAUAUUGCUUUAUUCCA